AUGAAACGUCGAAGGGAUAAUGGAAGUAUGGUUGCGGGACGAAAUGCUUUGAUGCGUGCCGUGAAGACUUUGCUGGCUGCCUUUUGCUUUUAUGCUUUGGGUCUUUUCAAUUGUAUCACUUAUACCAUUCGAAGACAGUACCGCAAUAUAAGAAAACGUCAAGUUAUUCGUUAUGAAUACGUUCCUCUCUCACCUUUAUCGGCACAUCGAUUGAGCGUGGUGAAACGGAAAAUUUUGGUGCUUGAUUUAGAUGAAACACUGAUACACUCACAUCAUGACGGUAUUAUACGUCCUAUGGUUAAACCCGGUACACCACCCGAUUUUGUGUUACGAGUGAAUAUUGACCGACAUCCAGUCCGAUUUUUUGUACACUGUAGACCUCAUGUUGAUUAUUUUCUUUCGAUGGUUAGCCAGUGGUUUGAUUUAGUUAUUUUUACUGCGUCCAUGGAAAUUUAUGGGAGUUCGGUGGCCGACAAACUUGAUAAUGGUAAAGGCAUCUUGCAAAGGCGUUACUUCAGGCAACACUGUACAAUGGAUUAUGGUGGAUAUACAAAAGAUCUUUCUGCUGUACAUGCCGAUCUUUCAUCAAUAUUUAUAUUAGAUAAUUCUCCCAGUGCAUAUAGGAAGUUUCCUCAAAAUGCAAUACCAAUACGAUCUUGGUUUUCGGAUCCUACAGAUACAUGUUUGUUAGCAUUAUUACCUUUUUUGGAUGCACUUCGAUUUGCAUCUGAUGUACGUUCAAUUUUAAGUCGAAAUCAACAGCUUCAACAAGUUUGGUAG